AUGUCCCCUCCCGUUCCUCCCCGAAUUCCACGCCGGCCAGUUCCGACUGCCACUUCCAUUUCCCCUUCAACUUCUGCUUCACCCAUUACAAUCUGCCCCGAGAACGACCCCCUCUACGCCACUGCCUUCUGGUACUCUAUCCCUGGAGUUCCAGGCUUCGAGACCUGCUCGCACUGCUACGCGUCGCACAUCCGCCAGACCCGCUGGGCCGAUCGCUUCCACGGCGAGCUGCAGGCGCCGACUCUCACGCGUCGCUGUCGCUUCAACACCCCCCGCGCGCGGCAGCUGUGGUCGGAGGCCCUCCGCCGCGACGACUGGGCGUCUGUGAGUGCGUACUGGGCCCGUCGGGCCCAGAUCGCCGACUGCCAGGGCGCCCGGGGCCUCGCUGCAGACGUCGGCACGCAGUGGUUCCAUCCCACACACCGCGAUAUCGACGGCUUCGGCAUCUGCGCAGCCUGCUAUGAGGAUCUGGUGUGUGGUACCUCCCUCGCGGGGCGGUUGACGCCUGCAAACCCCGGGCAGCCUGCCGGAGAGCUCUGGAGCUGUAAGAUGACGCCGUACCUGCGUCGGGUGCUGCUGCGUGCGGCUACCCACAACGACUGGGUGGCCUUCUCCGUGGCUGCUCUGCAGGCAGCGCGGCUGCCUGCCUGCCCUGGGAGUGCGGGAGUGGCUGCUUCCAAGCGCAGCUGGUUCCAGCCCGUCCCGGCGAUUGAUGGGUUGGUGGUAUGUGAGACGUGCUAUAUCAACAACGUAGCCGCCUCCUUUAUGGAGACGAACUGGGUGGCCGUCCCCGCGGCGCCGGCUUUCACCGCGGCGGGCUGGCAGACCCGGGUGUGUGGGUUCUCGGUUCUCCCGCUGAAGAUCGCCUGUCUCAAGGCGACGCAGGAUCAAGACUACCCCUUGCUGUGGAGGGCGGCAAAAACUAUCUUCAGUACGCCCUACUGCGCCCCGGCGGGGAUCGAGAACGGGACAUGGCACCGCCUACGCUGCGGACAGGAUCUGGAGUUUGAACUCUGCGCGCAAUGCAUGGCGGGGAUUAUGGUUCCGUUCGGGUUCGGCGAUCGCUUCGUACAGAUUCCAUUCCCUGCAGGUACCAAACGACUAUGCGAUAUGAACACUUCGGCGCCCCGCCAGCGCGACUACUACCGCAAACUCGACGAGGCCGUCAGUCUAGGCGACUUUACCUGCUUUGAAACCUACGCGAGGCGCUUCGCGGGCGUCCCGCCCUGCCCGACAUACAACAUCGUCAAGGGCUGCCACCGGUGGUACGGGAAUGACGAGUUCCUUGCCUGCCAGCAGUGCUGGGAGGAGUUUGUGCGCGACACCCCACUCGCCAACAACCUAGUCCAUAAGGGCGUCGUUCUGCCCGACGGCGCUUGCUGCGAUCUGUACUCGCCUCGUAUGCGCCAGUUGUGGAUGCAAGCCUGCAACACGGGGGAUCUCGCCUCCUUCACUGCCGCAGCCCAACACCGCACAAGUGUAUACGCGCAGACAGUCCCGCACAUGCAGGAGCUGCUGGCGAUGGCGCGGAUGCGGCUCGCGCAGAAACAGACCCUCCUCUUCUCCUCUGUCAUGCUGCAGGGGGCGAAUAAUAUCGUCGAGGCGUCGCGCGCCCCGCGAACCCAGACAACCACCUAUGGCAACUCGCAGGUCGGGUACCAUGCUACCCCGGCGGGGGCGCAGGGAGCAAGGGACUGGCAUCAAGCGAACAACAUCACUGUUGUACCGGGGAACGAGAUGGUGGUAGUGGCUCAGUUGGAAGCCAUGUGGAAGGAAGUGGAGUAG